UUGGGAGCUCAGUUUAAACCAAGUCCACUCGCACGUGCAGAUCAAAUACCGAUCCAACUUGAAGUUUGUUUUGCAAGUUUUCUGAAAUUUUAAAUUCAGAUUACGAAGUUUUUUUUCAUAUUUUGAAAAGUACAUACAUUUCAGUUUGAUGCAAUGGGAGUUAUUCAGCGAGUGGUGAAACCUUCUACCCGGAAAGGGAAACGGAGUUUGAUAAACAGACAGCCGAAACUGAUUGAAAAUACGAAGACGUCACUUUUCCUCAGAGGGAAUAAGGCGAGCGAAUUGUCGAUCAAGUGUGCAAAAGAUUUGUGCCGGAUAAAGAAACCUCAUUCUGUAUUCUUUGGAAAAAAGAAGGAUUUCCGACCCUUUGAAGCUGUGAAUGAGAUGGAGACCUUGUGCAAGAAAUACGACGCUUCUCUCUUCUCAUUUGUCUCACAUAACAAGAAACGUCCUCAUAAUUUAGUUCUGGGCCGCAUGUUUGACAAUCAGGUUCUGGACAUGGUUGAAUUUGGAAUUGAGAAAUUCAAGGGUCUUGACGAUUUCAAAGUGCCAAAAUUCGCCACAGGAAAUAAACCAUGUCUUCUUUUCUCUGGGGAACCGUGGCUCUCAGACACUUCAGAUUUCUUCCGGAUAAAAAAUCUUUUGAUAGAUUUUUUUCAUGGAGAGGAAAUUACAAAUAUUCGACUCGAAGGGAUUGAACAUGUCUACUCUUUUGUGGCGGUGGAGAACAAGAUAUAUUUGAGAGGGUAUAAAAUAGCAUUGAAGAAGAGUGGGGAAAAGACGCCGUUUGUAGAAUUGGAAGAAAUGGGACCAUCAGCAGAUUUGGUUUUGCGCAGAGUCAAGCUUGCUUCAGCAGAUUUGUUCAAGAGUGCUUGCAAAAGACCAAAGGAGUUGAAGCCCAAGAAAGUAAAGAACAUUUCAAAGGACUCCUUCGGCUCACAACUUGGCCAGGUGCACAUUCCGCGACAAGAUUUGUCCAAGCUGACUACAAGACGGAUGAAAGGUCUCAAGAAAUCCAUGGCUGAUAGAAAGAUGGAGAAAGCAGGUCGUGUAAGGGAAAGCAACGCCGAAGGCGAACAAACCACCGCCACUGCACCAUCGACGACCGUCUCCAGUAGUUCUGGUGCCUUCGUGAGCACGUCGAGAGGUCCCAAAUCAAAAUUAGAGUCUGUCGUUUCUUCCGGACCGGCUGCUACCAAGAAAGGGAUGCAGCUUCACUUAAGUGGUUAAUCUAUAAGCGCGUAUAGAGUACCUUAUUUUACGUUUUUAUCCUCGUUUAUUUCUUAAUAUUGACGUAAACUUACAAGCGAAUAAAUUAGUAUGACUUUCAUAUCCAAUAAUA